GUAGCAGUCACAGCAGUGCGGCCGGGGCCCGGGCUCAGUACAGAUUGGUUGGCAGCCGCGGCCAGACGGAGUGACGGGUCCCCCCAGCAGGAGAGUACCACCCCGACGCCGCCGCUGGGUCGCCGCCGCGCCAUGUGGCGGCUCCCCGACCCCGUGAGGCGGCCCCCGCUGGCCGCCGCGGCCUCCUUGCUCCUGCUGGCUGCCGCAGCUCUCGCAGAACCGGAACCUGAAGCCAAACCCCAGGAAUACAACUACGACAACUACGAUUACGAUUAUUAUAAUUACGGCGAAUAUGAAUAUGGACCCGAUGAAUCAUAUGACCCUUAUGAGGCGGAGGCGACACCCGACCCCUAUGCCACGCCGGCCCCGUAUGACCCCUACCCUGAGGAGGAGGAACCUUACGAUCCUUACGCCACGCCGGCGCCCUAUGACCCCUACGACCCCUAUGCCACACCGUCGCCGUAUGACCCAUACGGGCGCGAUCCCUAUGAACAAACUGAACCCCCAACCACUACCACUACCACGACCACUACCACCACAACCACUACAACCACACCUCCGCCUCCGCCUCCGCCACCGACAACGCCGAGACGGGAUCUGGAUUACGAGAGAAGAGCGUCCCGGCCGCGACGGCCAAAGGGCCAGCGCCCAGAUCGCCGGCCGACGGAAGAAGAACCAACGGAAAUCGUGGGCCCAACUCAGCCAGACCCCAACAGAGGCUCGGUAGGCGCUUCAGGAUCUCCAGGUGAACGAGGUCCUACUGGAAGUCCGGGCAACCCUGGCAUUCCCGGCGACCCUGGCCCUCCUGGACCCAUGCCCGACAUCACACCAUGGAUAUCCCAGCUCUCGCAGUCACAAGGCGGAGAGAAAGGACCAUCCCUUACCUAUGAAAUGCAGGCUCAAGUCGGUCCCAUCGGCCCAAGAGGUCCCGCAGGUAACCCCGGUCCCGCCGGUCCUCAGGGUUUCCAGGGUAUGCGAGGCGAACCAGGUGAUCCCGGACCUUCCGGCUCAACCGGUCCACCUGGUCCACGCGGUCUCCCUGGUAUUCCUGGAAAAGACGGAGAGAACGGCGAGGAUGGAGCUGCAGGUCCCCCAGGCGCUGUUGGCCCCCCUGGGCCUCGCGGUCUCCCCGGAAUGCCAGGCCUUCCUGGCGUGAAGGGCCACCGUGGCUUCCCUGGUCUCGACGGCGCCAAGGGUGAACAGGGAUCGUCUGGAGACAAGGGAGCCUCCGGUCCUCCUGGACAGCCUGGUCCUAUCGGCCCCAUGGGUGCUGCUGGUCCUCGUGGCGAGCGUGGUCGAGAAGGUCCCCCCGGACCUCCUGGUCUGCGUGGUAUUGAUGGCAUUGCAGGUCCCCCAGGUCCCCCUGGUGGCCCCGGUAAGCCCGGUCCCCCCGGUUUCCCUGGUAGCGCUGGCGCCAAGGGUGACCAGGGUGUACAAGGCCCCAAGGGAUCACAAGGUCUUCAAGGUCCACGAGGCGAGGGUGGCAAACCCGGCAUCCCCGGAGAGGCAGGCCCUCAGGGACCCUCGGGCAAAGACGGACUUACCGGAGAAAAGGGAGCUCCUGGAACCCAAGGAGAUGCUGGUCCCCCCGGUUUCCCCGGAGCUCGAGGUCCCCCUGGCCUUCCUGGCAGUCCUGGUGUUCCUGGCGCCAAGGGCGAAAGGGGUCUGACCGGCGAACGAGGCUUCAAGGGAGAGUUCGGCAUGAAGGGUGAGGGAGGAACCCCAGGCCCCCGAGGCCUCCCCGGCCCCCCCGGAUCCCCCGGCAAGAGGGGCAAGAGAGGCAUGGUCGGUCCUGCUGGAGGCAUGGGCCCUCAGGGAGAACGAGGUCCCCCUGGAGGUCGAGGUCUCCCAGGAGCUGACGGACCCCCUGGACCCAAGGGCCAAAGUGGCGACGCCGGACCCCCCGGAAACCUUGGACAGAAGGGUCGCGAAGGAAACCCUGGUCCUUCUGGUAUGCCUGGUAGACGCGGUCUGCGAGGCCCUGGAGGACUUUCAGGUCCCCCUGGCAAGACAGGUCGACCCGGCGAGCGAGGUGCCCCCGGCGCUGACGGUAAACCAGGCGACCAAGGACCCCAGGGCAUUCAGGGUCUCCCAGGCCCUAUGGGAAUGCCAGGAGCACAAGGACAGAUUGGCGAAACAGGAAAGGAAGGCUCCCCUGGAGAAACCGGUCCCACCGGCCCUCGAGGUGACCCUGGCAAGGACGGAUCAGCUGGACCCAUCGGCCAGCCUGGACCCACCGGUCCUGCCGGCGAGCGCGGUCCUCCUGGUCCCCCUGGCGCCCGUGGAUUCCAAGGCCUUCCUGGUGCCCCUGGAAGUGACGGCACGGCCGGUAAGGACGGAGAGGCGGGUCUGCAAGGGCCUCGUGGUCUUCCUGGCGGCCCUGGCUUGCGCGGUACUCGAGGCUUCCCAGGAGAGCGAGGAGCUCAAGGUCCACCCGGAGAGAAUGGAGCCCGAGGCGAAUCUGGUCUUCCUGGCCCCGACGGACCAGCAGGUCCUCCAGGUCCAUCUGGCCAAAAGGGUCAUGCCGGUCCAUCUGGUCUUGUUGGUCUUCCUGGUGGUCGCGGUCCAGUUGGUCUGCCCGGAGAGAAAGGAGAGAGGGGAGGCCUUGGAAGAGCCGGUCCUGAAGGUCCCCCAGGUCGUCAAGGUGACCAAGGUCCUCAGGGUGUCAUGGGUCCCCCAGGUCCACCUGGAGAGCCAGCAGAAAAGGGAGAUCCUGGUCCACCAGGUCCUCCUGGCGAGGCUGGUGCAAAUGGCAUGAUGGGCGAGAGAGGUCCUCAGGGCCAACAGGGUAUCCAGGGCUUCCCAGGUCCUCUUGGACCUCCUGGCGUUGGAGGACCGAAGGGCCAGCGUGGUCUUCCCGGACAGAAGGGAUCGCAAGGAAAUCCUGGACCAGUGGGCCAGCCCGGCUCCACCGGUUCCCAGGGUCUGCCCGGCCUCAACGGUGCCAAGGGACAACGCGGAGAGAGCGGUCAACGAGGCGAACCUGGUCUCAUGGGUCCACCUGGGCGACCUGGCACCGCCGGUACUCCUGGAUCUUCAGGAGAACCAGGUCCAGCUGGUCUGGCUGGCAACCCUGGCAUCAAGGGCUCACCUGGAGACUCAGGACGCCCUGGUCUUCCAGGUCCAUCAGGUCAGCCUGGUGCCCCUGGACCCGAGGGUCCCAAGGGUGAGUCCGGUCCCCAGGGCCGAAUUGGUCUUGUUGGAAAGCCUGGUCCUCCUGGACCUUCAGGAGAACGUGGCCUUCCUGGUCUACCUGGCCCACCUGGCCCACCUGGUCUCCGUGGACAAACCGGCGCUCGGGGAGAGCCUGGUGCAGAAGGAAAGCGUGGCGCUGAAGGUCCCGUCGGCCCACCUGGUCUCACUGGUCCCCCCGGUGCCAUUGGCCCAACCGGCGACACUGGCUCUCCUGGUUCAGAUGGCAAGCCCGGACCGCCCGGUAUUUCUGGACGCACAGGUGACAAAGGACCCCCCGGAUCCCCUGGACAGACUGGCAGCCCUGGACCGAGUGGCCUACCUGGACCUCCUGGCCCGGCCGGACCUAUUGGCCCAACGGGAGAACGAGGAGACCGCGGAGAAACUGGACCUCAGGGUAUGGAGGGACCUGCUGGCCCUCGGGGCAAGCCUGGCGCACCUGGCGUUCAGGGCGAGAAGGGAGACACUGGUGCAACAGGACCGAAGGGAGCCAAGGGUCACCGUGGUCUUAUUGGUCUCCAGGGUCUGCCUGGUCCAUCUGGUCCUUCCGGUGACAAAGGUGUUCCUGGUGUUGCUGGUCCCCCUGGUCCCUCUGGUGAGCCUGGUCCCAAAGGUCCACCUGGACGCGAUGGAGGCAUUGGUCUCCAGGGUAUCAUGGGUCCCCCCGGUCCCCGUGGUCCUUCUGGCGAAGACGGAUCUUCAGGUGCCCCAGGUCCUCCUGGUCCUGCUGGUCCCCCUGGUCCUCCUGGUGAAUCCAUGGGUUAUGACGCAGCCACUUUGGCGGCCAUCCUCAACCGGGACCAGACCAAGGGACCUGACCCGCUGCAGGGAGAUGACUCCGAAAUCCCGGCCCGCCUCUUCGGCAAGGAGAUCACGGACGACGAGCGCCGCGAAUUGAUCACCAAGGCCUACGAACAGCUCAAGACCUCCUUCAAGAAGUACCUGAAACCGGAAGGCACCAAGGAGUCUCCUGCAAAGACCUGCCGCGAUCUCGCAUAUGCUCAUCCAGAGCUACCAAGUGGCGAAUACUUUAUCGAUCCUAAUGAGGGUGACGUCAAGGACGCCAUUGUGGUGCACUGCGACAUGGAAGAAAAGGCAUCGUGCGUGCUGCCCAAGCCUGGCAUGACGGAAGAGUUCAACUGGCGCGGCAGAAGUCGAGGCCUCACCUGGCUUGGAGAAGAGAUCAGCCCAGGCUUCGAGUUCACAUACAAGGCGGACAACAACCAACUGUCCUUCCUGCAGCUGCUCUCAUCAUCCGCCUCCCAGGAAAUCACGUACCACUGCAAGAAUUCCAUCGCCGUCUUCGAUGCUUCCAAGAGGAGUUUCCGCAACGCCCUUCGACUCAUGACCACCUCAGACACCGAACUUAACGCCAGAGGAAACAAUAAAUUCAGAUAUCGAGUGGUCGAGGACGGUUGUAAGACUAAAUCGAGCAGCUGGUCCGCCACCAAGAUUCGUUACCGCACAGACAAACCUCAGCGGCUGCCCUUCGUGGACAUCGGUCUCAGAGACGUCGGUGAAGAGGGCCAAUCGUUUAAGAUCGAAGUCGGACCGGUAUGUUAUUCGUAAGACCCAGAAAUAUCGAAGCCGCCACUGAAGGAAGCGGACAAGGGCGGUGUCCGGAGGAGCAGCGCUGUCGACCCCGGCUGGAGAAUCGACGACGGGCAUUCGCAAAGGCCAUCGCCGCGUGAAGCGCCUUCUCGCCCCCGCCGGCGCGUCCGACGCCCGCCCCUCCCGGCGCCCUCGUUCGCCUUUCUUGCUAAUUGUAUCAUUAUUAUUUUAUAUUAAGAUGACCGCUCGCCGCUCUUUCUCAUUCUAUCAUUUCUUUUUUUCACGUGUUCUUAUCUUCACUUUUCCUUUACAUCAGUAGGUUAGAAAGACACUGAAAAAGCAAGCGCCACCCAGAUACAAAUAAGUGUAAAGUAUGAGCUUAUAAUAUUACUUGUAAUAAUAGAAAAGAAACUGUGGUAAAAUGAGACGAAGACUGACUGUGUACAUUUUGUAUAAUAUUAAGGAACCAUAUUGAGUGUUUUUUAUACUGCUCGAAUCACACAAUCGGGAUAAAAAAAAUAAUAUUAUUUUCGACUAGGAAGUUUUUAUAUGUUUUGUAAAUUUACGAAAAAUAAAAAGAAGGGGAAAA